AUGUCGCUGCGAGCAAGCGUGCAGAGUGGCGACCGCGUACUAGAAAAUGUAGGACUGGUUGGCUUCGGUCCGAUGGAGAUCGGGCUCAGUCGGCAAAGCUCGCGCACGUUCGGCUCAAUGGAAGUAAUUUACGCGCGCGGUGACGUCACAGCGAGACGUUCAGGGCGCUCGGUACGGGUGCACUCAGUACGAUAUGCGCGGAACGAUCUGACGCCGACGCGACGGGCCGCGGUCACCCGCGCUACCGCUCUCGGGCCAUGA